AUGACAUCUAUUUCUGACUUCCCACCACGUUCGGGGAAAGCAACCACAAGCCAGACCUAUCAAGACAAUAAUAGCAAUAAUAUUGGGAACCAGACUGGAGAUACUUCUGGUAUACGGGCUCGGAAGCAAGAUAAUAAUGUUCGCAGAGCAUAUGGCAAUGCAGUUGGAAACUUGGGAGGGAGGGACGACGACUCAACUGGAACGGAAACCACCCGAAACGGCAUUUCCAGGAGACAUAUCAGAAAACGCUUAAAAGAGAAAGAAAAAAUUCCAGGGCAUGUACAAUGGAUCAAAUGGAUGAACAGUGAAUGGAAGAAUCAUACUGUUGCCAUGAUUGCCGAAUUCAUCGGUACUACCCUUUUCCUCUUCUUCGCAUUCGGCGGUACACAAGUAGCGAAUAUUGGUGCUGGAACAACCGCCAACAAUAGUACAACUGGCUCGAAUACCGGAGUGGAUCCAUCCAAAUUACUAUACAUAUCCCUGUCAUUCGGAUUCAGUCUUGCUGUCAAUGCGUGGAUUUUCUUCCGCAUCAGUGGUGGGCUGUUCAACCCGGCAGUUACUCUCGCACUUACCAUCACCCGAGACCUCGAUCCACUCCGUGCGGUCCUCCUCCUCAUAAUACAAAUUAGCGGGGCCUGUUUCGCCGCCUAUCUCGUCAGCGUCAUCUUCCCAAGUCGAUUCAACGUCCAAACGACCCUCGGAGCUGGGACAACAGUGGCUCAAGGAGUCUGGAUUGAAGCACUCUGUACCGCCGAGCUGGUAUUCACAAUCAUCAUGCUUGCGAAGGAGAAACACAGGGCCACAUUCAUUGCGCCAGUUGGAAUUGGCCUUUCACUUUUCAUCGCGGAGUUAGUAGCUGUAUACUACACUGGAGGUUCAUUGAAUCCAGCUCGAAGCUUUGGUCCUGCCGCCAUUUCACAUGAUUUCACCAGUGAUCAUUGGAUUUAUUGGGUUGGUCCCUUUGUGGGAUCGGUGAUGGCAGUUGGUUUCUACCAGUUGAUAAAAGUUUUGGAAUACGAGAUGGCGAAUCCGGGUCAGGAUGGAGAUGUUGAAAAUGAUCCUACACAAAAUUCUGGCCACGAGGUGGCUAAGAAUGUGAAAAAGAGACAGGUUGAGGUCGAGAAAAUACAUGCCAUUCAACAGGAAGGCAGUUCUGCCGUUCCCACGCAUUCGCUGGAUAAUGCUACAGCUGCUGGUUUCAAGAAAAAUGGCGAUCUCAACUUGGAGCGUAAACCAGCCCCAGACAGACAAGGGGGCGAAGGAGCUGGGGAGAAUGUGGUAGGUGGGGGUGCCCAGCCUGACUUGGAAGCCCAGUGGCCAGGAAGUGCUGGUCUUUAG